CGGACGGCGCAGCGGCGCCUCGUCGUCAUCGACGAGACCGUCGACGACCUCUACGGGUCCGGCGUCGUGGACUACAUGGAGGCCCGGGGCGUCGACUACACGGUGCUGCGCCUGCCCAUGGUCGAGGAGGAGAAGUCCAUGGACCUCGUGCUCAAGGUCUGCGAGGCGAUGAAGAAAUUCGACAUGCCGCGGCGCGGGUCGCCGGUCAUCGGCAUCGGCGGCGGCGUCUGCCUCGACGUCAUCGGCCUCGCCGCGUCCCUCUUCCGCCGCAAGUCGCCCUACGUCCGCGUGCCGACGACGACGCUGUCCUACGUCGACGCGUCCAUCGGCGCGAAAUCGGGCGUCAACUUCAUGGGCUCGAAGAACCGCCUCGGCGCCUACGUGCCGCCCGUCGCCGCGCUCCUCGACCGGGCCUUCCUCGCGACGGAGGAGCCGCGGGCCGUCGCGUCGGGCGUGUCGGAGAUGAUGAAGAUGGCGUUGAUGAAGUCGCCGCGGCUCUUCGAGUUGCUCGAGGCCCACGCGGGCCGCCUCGUGGCGACGCGCUUCCAGGGCGACGACGCCGUGCCCGGGGAGGUGCUCCAGCUCUCCAUCGCGACCAUGCUCGAGGAGCUCGCGCCGAAUUUGUGGGAGUCGUCGCUCGACCGCCUCGUCGACUUCGGGCACGCGUUCGGCCAGGAGCUCGAGAUGCACGCCCUCGGCACGGACGUCGAGCUCACGCACGGCGAGGCCGUCAACGUCGACAUGGCCUACAUGACCGUGCUCGCGCACACGCUGGGCCUCGUCGAGCGCGACGAGAUGCUCCGGAUCCUCCGCGCGCUCGACGCGUUCGGCUGCCCGAUCUGGCACGACAUGAUGACGCCGGACUUCGUCGAGCACGCCUACCACGAGCGCUUCCAGCUCUCCAUGGGCAUCCGGCUGCCGCUCCCGACGGGCGUCGGCACCGCGGGCGUCUUCAACGACGUCUCC